UGACUCAGGGCCUGGUGGAAGCAAGAUUUGAAUUCCUGGAGUCAGGAUACGUCUAUUUUCCCCCUUUCUUUCUCUCUGUCUCUCUCUCUCUCUCUUCCUUUUUUCCUCCGGUUGUGGUCAGUUUUCGAGUUCUCUCGCUCCCGGAGCUGGUUCCAAAUUCGUUCCGCUCUAGGACGCGGCGUCCUCGGGGAGGGAGAGGAGCCGGACUUGAGUCGAUAUAUAUUCUUCAGAUCUUUCCCGGUGACUCAUUUUCCCCAUUGUCAACAUUCAUUCUUGGACAGACGACUCCAGAUACACUCAAGAACUGCCUGUUCCCUUUCGUCUUCCUGGAGCGGAAGCCUGACUACUGAGACCUGAACGAUGUCUCACCCAUCAUGGCUGCCGCCAAAGAACUCCGGAGAUCCCGUCGGCCACGUGACUGCAAGGAUGGAAACGACGCACGCCUUUGGGACCCCCAGUAUUUCGAUCUCCACCCAGCAGACGCCAAAGAAGUUUGCUCCGGUCGUAGCACCUAAACCCAAAUACAAUCCCUACAGGCCAGGAGAAGGAGAAGGUGAUUUCCCGCCUCCUCCUCCUCCUCCUCCUCCGCCGCCGCCGCCACCCUCUGCACAUGACCCAAGGAGCCUUGCGUCAUCCCCCGGUGCCUUUUUGCCACCUCCUCCUCCUCCACCUCCUCCUGACGAAGCCCUUUUCAACGUUCAGGUCAACCCUGGUGGCAAGACGCUGGAAGAAAGGCGCUCCAGUUUGGAUGCAGAAAUCGACUCCUUAACGAGCAUCCUGGCCGACCUGGAAAGUAGCUCACCCUACAAGCCCCGGACUCAACAGGCCUCUGGGAUUCCGGGUGGAUCUCCGAUUGCAACUCCUGCGGUGUCCACACCAGUCACUGGACACAAGCGCAUGGUCAUUCCAAACCAGCCUCCGCUGACCGCCACCAAGAAAUCCGCCUCCAAGCCCGGUUCUCAGCCAUCUCCAAUGCCGGUGACGCCGGUCGGCACCCUGAAACCUCAGCCGAUUCCAGCUUCCUACACCACAGCCUCCACCCCUGCCCGCCCGACCUUCAACGUGCAGGUGAAGUCGGCUCAGCCUGCCCCCCACUUCCAACCACCAGCCCCCCAGUAUAGCAGCGUGGCUCCCAACCAAACACCUCAACCUGCUUCUUCUAUGGGGCCGGCACCCUAUGCUCCACCUCAGCCCCGGGCUCCUGAUUACGGCUACACGCCUCAACCCGCGCAUUACCCGGAGCUGAGUUAUGGUUACGCACCCCCACAAGCUCGCUUCCAAGAGUCUGCCUAUCCAGGAGGCCCGGGUUACGGGGGACGGAACGGCACUGAGGCGGCCUACAUGCCACAAACUGCCUGGAAGCCAGAACCGGUCUACCCUAGCCCUGGCUCGGCAGGCCAGAAUCCCAUGGGGCAGUACCCCUCCUCCAGCACCAAGAAGACCUACAUCACGGACCCAGCCCUAGUGCCUCAGCCGCCUUCGCUGCAACCAAAGAGUGGACACAGUGGUCCCAGCCCUGCCUCAAAUGCACCUUUAUUCAGACCAGAGGAUGAGCUGGAACACUUGACCAAGAAGAUGCUGUAUGACAUGGAAAAUCCUCCUUCAGCAGAGUACUUUGGCCGCUGUGCGCGUUGCGGGGAGAAUGUCGUGGGGGAAGGAACCGGGUGCACAGCGAUGGACCAGGUGUUCCAUGUGGAGUGUUUCACCUGCAUGAUCUGCAGCAGCAAACUCCGGGGCCAGCCCUUCUACGCGGUGGAGAAGAAGGCCUACUGCGAGCCCUGCUACAUCAACACUCUGGAGCAGUGCAGCGUUUGCACCAAGCCCAUCAUGGAACGGAUCCUGCGUGCCACCGGCAAGGCCUACCACCCCCACUGCUUCACGUGCGUGAUAUGCAACCGCAGCCUGGAUGGCAUCCCUUUCACUGUGGACGCCGGCGGCAACAUUCAUUGCAUCGAAGAUUUCCACAGGAAAUUUGCUCCUCGCUGCUCCGUCUGUAAGGAGCCCAUCAUGCCUGCUCAGGGCCAGGAGGAGACGGUCCGCAUCGUGGCCUUAGACCGGGACUUCCACGUCCAGUGCUACCGGUGCGAGGACUGCGGAGGGCUCCUUUCUGAAGGCGACAACCAGGGCUGCUACCCCCUGGAUGGCCACAUCCUCUGCAAGACCUGCAAUUCGGCCCGGAUCCAAGCCCUGACAGCCAAGGCCAGCACCGAUCUCUGAACGCGACCGGGAGCCCUGCACAACCCCGCCCCUCCCGCACAGCUGGAAGGAAGGGCCGUGAGCCAAGGGGGUCUGCUUCCACCCGGGGGCUUCACCACACCUCGUUGUGCCUUGCAAGCUACACUACAGACUCACCUGGAUUGAACAUCUCUUCCCUCUCCCCAAGGGACCCUGGGAAACGCACCUCUGUGAGAGGCACUGUGGCUUUCUUGUUUUACGGAAGAUUCUCGGCACCUUUGUGAAACUUCAGUUCCCAGGACUCGUUGAGGGAUGUCGUGGGUCUCCAACUGGUAUUAAACUAACUGAAGUUUGUAGUGUAGACAUACCAAGAGCCUCAGAGGGCUGACGUCCGCUGAUGCCACGUGCGUCACCUCCUGGCUUUAAAGAGUCAAGAACAGUCUUCCUCAACCUGGUGCUGUCCAGAAGUGUGUGGCUGCAAAUCCCAUCAUCCCCCAGCCAGCAUGGCCAUUGGCUGUGCUGGCUUGGGGGUGAUGGGGGUUGUAGUCCCGACACCGCUGGAAAGGCACCAGGUUGGGGAAGGCCAGUCUAGAGAAUGUUUAUCCCAGUCCUUGGCUUGUCUCUUUCCCCUUCCAGCUAAACCGCCUCUAAAAUCAGAAACCCAUGCGGUACCCCUCUUAUA